AUGUACAAACAAGGUACAUGCUCAGCAACUGGUGAUCCUCACUAUAGAACCUUCGAUAGUAAAACGUAUUCAUUUAUGGGUCAUUGUCGUUAUAUUUUUGCUCGAGACUGUCGUUCAAACAACUUUUCAAUCGAAGUACAAAAUACUCCAUGUGGUACCGGUGGCACAGUCACUUGUACCAAAACAGUUUAUCUCUACAUUAAUGAGUCAAGCAUAGUUUUCUUGAGAGGUGGAGCUGUAGAACUAAAUGGUCAAGAAAUUUCACUGCCAUAUUUUGCACCAGGCAUUGCAAUCACCCGCAUCGCGUUCGGAAUGCUCCGACUUCGAUCCAAUAUCGGUUUGGACGUGCAAUGGGACACAUUUACGCGUUUGUAUGUAACUGUUCAACCACAGUAUGCAAACAGUACUUGUGGCCUUUGUGGUAACUAUAAUGGCAACCAGGGAGAUGAUUUCAUGAACAAUGAUGGUGCCAUUGAGACAAAUGUUGUAGCAUUUGGAAACUCUUGGGUAGCUCGAUGGUGCAAUAAAACAGCGACUUCAAUGGUGGACACGUGUGAGAUAAUGGUACAACGUUUUUCAAUCGCAGAGUCAAAAUGCAAGGUUCUAAAGCAAAAACCGUUCAGGGUGUGCCACCAGAGUGUUGAUCCUGAAGAUCAGUAUAUUCAAAACUGCAAAUUUGACCUUUGUGGAUGUCGAGAUGGUACCCAAUGUUACUGUGAUGCUAUUGCAGAUUACGCCCAUGCGUGUUUACGAUAUGGUCACGUGAUAAACUGGAGAAAUACGGGCCUUUUGCCAGAGUGUGAUGUCAAAUGCGACAACAGUGAACAAAAAUAUCAACAUUGCGGUACUUCAUGUACGGGAACGUGUCGUGAACUUCAAUUAAAUGAACGAUGUAUCGAAGUUUGCUCUCCUGGCUGUCAUUGUCCUAAUGGUACCGCUUUAAAUGACCAGAAAAAAUGUGUCGCUGUAUCAGAAUGUCCAUGUCAUUAUGAGAAUAAAUAUUACCAUCCUGGUGAAUCCUAUUGGCCUGACAGAUGCACUAAAUGCACAUGUUCAAAUGGAAAAGUUCAAUGUAAAAAUGAAACAUGUCAAGUCAAGUGUUCUUCUGGUCGUGCAUGGUCGCAAUGUGCUCAAUGUGAGAAAACUUGUGGAAAUGUUCACAUGAAAUGUCUGAACAAACAGUGUGAGGAAGGUUGUCUUUGUCCUCAUUCACUCGUUUUUAAUGGCACUCAGUGUGUUAACGUCUCCGAAUGUCCGUGUCACUACAAUAACCUCAAAUACUCGCAUGGCCAAACCAUACAUACUGACUGCAACACAUGCGUUUGCAGCGAUAACAAAUGGAUAUGCACAAAGAAAAAAUGUCCCAGAGUUUGUUCGGCCGUAGGUGAUCCUCAUUACAAAACGUUUGAUGGUAAAAAGUACGAUUUUCAAGGUUCCUGUCGAUACAUUUUAUCUGAAGAUUACUGCGGAAAAAAAUGGGGGAAAUAUCGCAUUGAAAUUCAAAAUGUUCCUUGUGGAACAAGUGGUGUUACAUGUACAAAAGCUCCAAUAGUUACAAUCAAUAAUACCGUCAUUACUUUUUACAAACACAAAAAGCCCAGAAUUAACACCUUACCUGGUGCUAUAAAUUCUCAUCUCAAUGGUGGAUACAAGAUAUAUCACAGUUGGUUCUUCACCGUUUUGACAACCGAUUUUGGCCUUGUUGUGGAAUGGGAUUACGGAACUAGAGUUUAUGUGAAUUUGUUACCGACCUAUCAAGGUAAAAUGUGUAAUCCUCUUUAA